AUGUCUUACAACAUAUCAAUUUUUCCAACUUGUGGUGAACCAUUUUUGGGGCCUACUUUGGCACAAGCAUGUCCUGGAUCACAGUUUUUUCUCUUUAUGACUCUUUUAGAUACAUUUAUACGUUCCAAUCCAGAAAUAUCUCAACUGUGCAAUCGAGUGUUACUCACAAAUCCACCAGAUUAUUAUUAUGAUUUUAUUGUAAUUGGAGGAGGGUCCGCUGGUGCGGUUGUAGCAGCUCGACUGAGUGACGUACCAGAGUGGAAAGUUUUACUUGUGGAAGCUGGUCCGGAUGAACCACCUGGUGCCGAUAUUCCGAGUAUGGUUGCUAUGUUCCUAGGAACAGAACUUGACUGGCAAUAUAGAACAACAAAUGAGAAAAAUGCUUGUCUAUCAACAAAUGGAUCUUGCGGGUGGCCGCGGGGUAGAAAUCUCGGUGGUUCUUCCGUCCACAACGGAAUGAUGUAUAUUCGUGGUCACGCUAGAGAUAACGACGACUGGGAGUAUAUGGGGAAUGAGGGAUGGAGUCGGCGUGACGUACUACCUCAUUUUAUGAACAUGGAAGAUAAUGGAGAUAUUGAUAUAGUUAAUGAUAAAUAUCACAGUACAGGAGGACCUUUGAGAGUCGAAAAAUUUCCAUGGCGACCACCUAUAUCUGAUGACAUCCUUCGUGCUGCUGAAGAUAAGGGAUUUGGAUUAAGUAAUGAUCUAAAUGAUGACAUAAUAACUGGAUUCACGAUAGCACAAUCUACUAGUAAAAAUGGAGUUCGUGUAAGCAGUGCAAGUGCAUUCUUACGACCCAUUAGGAAUCGUCGCAAUCUUGAUAUUGCAUUAAAUGCAACAGUUACCAAAAUUCUAAUUGAAUCUCGCAAAGCUAUUGGCGUUCAAUAUAUUCAAGUGGAUAAAAAAACUAAACAAUCAACCAAGCAAUCCGUUCGAAUUUUAGAAAUUGAUAGUCCAAAAAAACAUUUAAAAGAGAUGAGAGUACCUGUAGUUAAUGACUUAGAAGGAGUUGGUGAAAACUUGCAGAAUCACGUAUCUUAUACGCUCGCAUACACAAUUAAUCAACCAAAUGAGUACGACUUAAAUUGGGCUGCUGCAUUGGAAUAUGCGAGUCAUCAAAGAGGUCCCAUGUCAUCAACUGGUAUGUCGCAAAUCACCGGUAUUAUAUCGUCGAGUUAUAGUACACCAGAUCAUCCGGAUUUGCAGUUUUACUUUGGAGGCUUUCAAGCAACCUGUGCAACUACCGGACAAAUUGGAACGCUUAUAGAUAAUAACCUACGGAGUAUUAGUAUAUCACCAACUAAUCUCCAUCCCCGAAGCAGAGGAUUUAUUCGUUUGGCAAACAAUAAUUCUGUAAGUAAACCUAUCAUCCAGGCAAAAUAUUUUCAAGAUCCUCAAGACGUUGCAGUUUUGAUAGAGGGCAUUCAACUAGCUAUAUCCCUUAUGAAUUCAAGUGAACUAGCAAAAUUCAACCUUAUCUUAAUGAACCCUUCUAUACAAGUGUGCUCCCAGUUUAGAUAUUUAAGUAAAAAGUACUGGAAUUGUGUUGUUAAACAAGACACUGGACCGGAAAAUCAUCAAGCUGGUUCUUGUAAAAUGGGACCGGUUAGUGAUCCAAUGGCUGUCGUUGAUUCGACACUCAAAGUUCACGGAAUAAAUGGUCUUCGAGUUGCUGAUACCUCUAUCAAGCCCGAAAGCCUGUCUGGAAAUACGGGCGCUCCAGCAAUGAUGAUAGGGGAAAGAGCAGCAGCAUUUUUCAAACACGAUUGGCUAGGAUUAAGAGAACACUGGCGUUCACUGCCUACUUCUUAG